AUGACUGAAAUCAACGAAAACCUCGUUAAUAACUAUAUGUAUCAUGGACGUCGAACAAUUAUCAAAGAAUUUUUUUCUAACACAUCUAUUCAUGGAUUACCAUCUAUUGCCAAAAGUCAUAAUUUAAAAAAUUGUCUAUUUUGGACAAUUGCAUUUUUAAUAUUUACAGGUUUAAUGAUUUAUUUUAUUAUACUAACAAUUUUAGACUAUCUUAAAUACACAACGCAAACAAAGGUUAAAAUAAUAAAUGAAUGGCCAAUGCACUAUCCGGCAUUCACUAUUUGUCCAGCGAGUCCAUAUCGUUCUGAUUUAUUUGAAGAACCAUUUCUUAAUUAUACAAAUUCUUCGGUAUUUUUACCUAGCGCGAAUUUAGGCAAUAAUAUUAAUCAAUUUGCAAUUGACAUGAUUAACAUUGGAGGAAUGGAAAAACUAACCGAAUAUGCAUUUUUAUUGAGUGAUAUGUUGAUUAGUUGUACGUAUAACGGGUUUAAAUGUAAUGAAUCCGAUUUUAUUUGGUUUGCAUCAGCCUCAUACGGUAUAUGUUACACGUUUAAUGCUAAAACAGCAAAUAAAAGUAUCCUUUACACAAAUACUAACGGUGGUCAAGGUCUUUUGGAACUAGAACUUUAUGUUCAUGAAAAUAUUUAUGUGGAUUAUGUCACAGAUUCUGUUGGAAUUGUUACAAUGAUUCACGACAAUACUCAGAUGCCACAAGUUGAAUUUGGUGGAAUUGCAUUAUCACCAGGUCGAAAACACAUGUUGAUCUAUACAAAAAAAGAGACUGCUUUCUUGGAGUCUCCAUAUACAACAUGUACAAGACAAGUUUGGAAAGAUAUGUAUGCAUUAUAUAAACAAUUUGGUGCUCAAUAUGAAUAUUCUCAAAUGGUGUGUUUGAUGUUGUGUCAAGAAACAAGCGUCUAUGCGACAUGUGGCUGUAUAUCUCCAAAUUACUGGUAUGUUCGUGAAAUCCUUGUUGGUGAUAAUGUUAUUACUGUCCCAAUAUGUGAUAUAUCGAAUGAAUGUUAUUUAAACGCAACAGUCGAGUUUAUGAAUGAUGAAGAUUUACAAACCAUGUAUUGUUCACAUUGUACAUCACAAUGUGAAAUCACUUCGUUUAUUGUUCAAUCAUCGUCAUUCAAAUCACCAUUAGAUUGGAAAAUGCAAUCGAUCAAACAAUCUGUCGAACAAAUGUCUAAUAAAUCCUUUAAUAGUCGACCAAUUGCAUUACCAUCCGACUGGGAUACGAACUGGAUUGAUUAUAUUGAUAAAAAUUAUGUAGCUAUUGCAGUUGUACGUGGUUCGUAUCUUGUUGACUAUUUUACGCAAAAAGCAACACUAUCAGGAGUAGAUGUUCUUAGUAAUGUGGGUGGUCUUAUAGGCUUAUGGCUUGGUGGCAGCCUGCUUUCAGUUUUUGAAUUAUAUGAAAUGUUUUAUCGGAUCAUUCGCCGUCAUAUUCGUAAACGAAAAGAAGAUGCAAAACCAAACUCAGCUGAACGUUUGUCUUUUGAUAAAUUAGUAUAG